AUGACGCUUGCCUUUGCUUUACCUGCUCUUUUGUGUUCUCCCAGUCCUUAUGGCAUAUUCAGUGGUGGCUUGGCCGGGCUGCGAGAUGGCUUUUGGAAGGAGAGCGGCCGCGGGCUAAGUCGCCUGAGCUCGUCGUGCCCGUCGCUCAACGUGGACGGCGAGGAGGGCGACGACGACGACUCGCCCACAUGUUCCGAGGAAUUCCUGGACGCCCGGAAGAGCCGCGGGGGAACCACCGACUGCCACCGCCGCCGCUCCUGGUCGGGCCUCUCGGAUGAGGAGAAGAAGCGAGCAAGACACAGAAGCAUCAGCCUCAGCAGUCUGGAUUCCGAUGCCGAGGAAGCCUUCUACGACGCCGAGGACAGCACCAACAACCACGGAGAAGCGGAGUUCCGGCCCUAUUGAGAAGCCGCGCCUGCUGGCCCCGCGACUCACGCUGCAGAAGUCGGUGUCGACGCCCUCGAUCCUGGCGGGCGUCACCACCCAGCCGCAGCAGCAGCAGCCACAAUCCAGCUUCCCGGACGAGGAAGACGGUUCGACGAAGAGGAGAAAAAGAGGCUCGAUUUUCUUCCGGAAGAAAAAGGACAAAAUCAAGAAGAGUUCCCACCAGUUCGUGUCUGUGUGCUACAGCAACUCAGCCACGUGCGACGUCUGCAGUAAGCCCAUGACCAACAAGCCAGCUCUCAGGUGUGAAACUUGCCAGGUGUGCGUGCACGAGAAUUCUUGCAAAGACCAGAUUUCGGACUGCUCCAAGCUCAAGAAUCCCAAGGUGAUCCAGAAGCCGGGCAGCGCCGCCGGCCUCACCACUGCCACCAAGAGCGCCAGCCUCGGCUCCUACGCCAUCUCGGGCACAGCCGGAUCCACGGGACCCUCGGCCAAGUCGCAGCCGCCCGCCGUCUCCAGAUCCAAGUCCUCGGCCGCCCACUCCUCCUCGCCCACGCGCCCCACCAGCGUGUCCUCGCCAAGGAGCGAAAUUAGCCUCACCGACGAGAGUGAUCGGAAGAUGUGUAUUAAACUGUUGAUUUUAAAUGCCAAUAAGCACCACUACCAAGGACACGUCCGCAGUACUCACACUACACAAGCUGUCCGGCCCACACGCUCUGGUCAAGCCCCGGCUCUCGCUCGGAUGCUGAACCCACAUCACUCGUACAUUUUGUGCUCCCCCCCCCCCACUUCCCCUUGUAAAGCCAGACGUAAAGUCUUCCACAGAGGAAAAGCUAAACCUUGCCUAAGAGAUGUGGGCCGCAUCCAACUCAAAUUCAAACUGGAGGUUGAAAUUGGUAAUGUGUACACAAUGGCGCACCGUGCGAGUGGCUGCGUGUCCUGGCCCGCGCGGCCCGCUAAUCCCCCGGCCCGCCCCAACAGUGGCUGCGUGUCCAGUCCCGUCCGCAGACUGUCCGGCUUCUCCCAGUGGAAGCGAGUGGCUACCAAGUUGGGAGUCAAGUGUGUCUGGCGUCUCAUCCACACCUUGCCACUGCAAUCCGUCACCGCCAAAGUCUUUUCACGAGAAAUGAAGGAGAAGAAGAAGAAGAAAAUAGAAAUUCGGACGCGACCCCACCACCGGCAACAGCUGCUGCAACGUGCAUGUCGGUUGCAGUGUUACCUGCGACGCGAAUCGGGAUCAUUUGGACGAGGCAGCUCCUGUUUAAGAGAUCUCGGCAAACAAGAUACUGAUACUCCAUUGUGUGAAGAAUUUUAUGGCCCCGGCGCGAGCCAGCAGCGAGCGAGAGAGAGCAUGGCGCAACGCAAAAUUACCCGCGGGACGCUCCGCUCCACCUACGAGAAGAUCAAGUCGCGGAGCCUGAACGACCUGUCGGAGAUCUUCCUGGAGAGGCCCAAGGCGCGGGAUGGCGGCGCUGGCGAGCCCCGUCCGGAAAAGGGCGAGUGGGCCAGCCCCGCCAGCUCGCACGAGCAGGCCAAGGAGGGCCGAGAGCAGAGGAAAGAGAGUAAGCGCAAGAAGAAAGACAGGAGAACAAGCGUGGACGAAAGCAGGGCGAUGCUUGAGCAGGAGGGUGAAAGGGAGCCGAAGGAAGCGUGCAGGAGGACCGACGCCGCUGACGGCGCGGCCCGCAGCGAGGACCUCGGCUCGCCCACGCAAGACGACAUUCUGGAGGUCAACUCUGCAUCUAUGGAAUCUCUAGAUGAUGGAAAUGAAGAACCCAGUCUAGACGAUAUCGACGCCGAUCCCGAGCUCCGGCUUCUAGACAAGGAGCCCGAGCUUUGGGUCCACACGGUCGAGAAGGAGGUGGUUGAUAAGUUGACCGAGAAACAGGUGAAGAAACAGGAACACAUCUAUGAGCUUAUCAUUACAGAGAAGCACCACUGUCGUAUGCUGAAAGUCAUGCAGAAGGUGUUUGCCGAGGGCAUGGCUCGGGAGCUGAACAUGCAGGACUCGAGGAUCAAGCGGAUCUUCCCGUGCCUGGACGAGCUCAUCACGAUCCACUGCUCGUUCCUAUGGCGGCUGCGCCAGAGACAGAGGAGCAACAAGUACAUCGAGACCAUCGGCGACCUCCUCGUCGACCAGUUCCUCGGGGACAACGCACAGGGACUCAAGGACGCCUACGGACAGUUCUGCUCGCAGCACCAGGACGCGGUAUCGUACUAUAAGGACAUCCUGAAGACGGACCGCAGAUUCCAGGCCUUCAUCAGACAGAAGUCCAACCAUCCGCUGAUGAAGAAGAAGGGCAUCCCGGAGUGCAUCCUGUUCGUGACGCACCGGGUGACCAAGUACCCGCUGAUGCUGGAGGCGCUCAUGAAGUACAGCAAGGACCAGGAGGAGGAGCUCAGUACCUUGAAGAAGGCGCUGGACCUGGUGAAGGACAUCCUUGUAAAUAUUAAUGCUCAAGUUGCGGAAAAGGAAAGAGAGCAAAGAUUGUUAGAAAUAUAUCACAAGAUAGAUGCCAAAUCAUCAGCACUAUACAAGGAGCAGAAGUUUAAAAAGUCUGAUUUCUUCUCAAGAAGUAGAAAACUCAAGUUCGAAGGUUCAGCAAUCCUAAGUCAACAAAAGGGCAAACCCAUACUGGUGCAGGUUGUGGUGUUAUCAGAUUUAGUCUUCUUCCUUUUGGAAAAUAACCAGAAGUACUACUUUUUCUCACCUGAUUCAAAGGCUGGUGUUAUCCCAUUAGACAAGCUCAUAGUGAGAGAGAAGGCAGGGGAAGGAUCACGUGCUAUCUACCUUAUCUACUCGAAGAAUACCGCUGAGAUGUUUGAGUUUGAAUGCCAACAUCCAAAAGAUAAGAAAAUAUGGUUGGAAUCUAUAAGAGAAGCCAUUGAUCAGUGUCCAGAUGAAGAGGACAUGGGCGAUAACUCCAGCGAGAAUUCAAAGUUGCAGGAAGCCAAUUCUGAAAAGAUCCGGGAAAUUCUAGGUAUUCUGCAGCACAAAGACAAGGAUUUGGCAAGAAUAUGUGAAGACAAGAUGAAUGCAGUGACAGAACUGCUGGAGUUGUUAGGCAAUGAUGAAUUCCCUCCCACUCCACAGUACCGAGCACUUCUUGAUGAGCACCAUUUAGAUCACAAUGCUGCUCGAGACUUGCAAAUAAAUUCACUCAUGGAAGCCCUAAGAUUAGUGAGUGGGGCUUGUGGCUGGGGUUCUAACCUUGCUCGCUCAGUGAGUUCUGUGGGGGAACAUCAGAGUGACGCCUAUGUGUCGCCCAGCCUUCCUAAGAGAGCAGAAACAUUUGGAGGCUUCGAUAACCCCAACAAAGAUGCCUCAGGACAUCCUCAGAAACAGUCCGGAGGGAAGAAGAAGAAGGACAGCCGCAUGUCGCUGACCUCAACAGGCACAGGUGAAAGUGAUAUAAUAGAGAGCCUUAAGAACCGUCGUCCAUCUGGCAGCACGCUUGCAGUUCGUUCCUCACAAGACAACUUGAGCAUUGUGUCCACACUAUCUGGUGACUCAUCCAGUCAACAGCAACAUCAGGCUGUAGCAGCCAAGCUUAUAUAUUGGCUACAGACUUCGUUGGUGCUUAGUCAACAUCAUUUAACCCAAUUCGAUAUGUUGAGGUCCAAGUUGGUUGUUGGUGGGGCCUCAGUUGAUGGACGAUUCCGACACUCUCAGAAGUUGGAAGAACUUCGGAAUAUACAAGAGCAGAUUAGCCAUGAAAGGGCCCAGUGGAUGAAGGAAAGGGAUGCCCAGGAGAAGUGGAUUGCAGAAAAGAAAAUUGAGCUUCAGAAAAAGGAGGAACACCUUCGCAGUGAGCAGCAAGACGUCCAGCAGCAGCGCGAAUUGUUAUAUCGCAAACUAGAGGCUCUCAAGGCUCAGGGUAUCAUCCUAAGUCCAACUCUAACAGUUCUCACAACAACGCCACCAACCCACGCGGUACAUGAGGAACACCUUGCAGGAAAUGUAAGUGGUAGUGCAGGUGAUGGCGGACAGAUGACUCAGGGAUCUCCACAUAGUUCACCUACAAGUACAGCAGCCCCCACUCGCCCUCGUACCGAUCACAAGCAUCGCAACUCCACUGCUUCAAUUGCCAACCUCAUCAAGCGUGACUCCAACCAGUCUUUACCCACACACCUCAUAUCAGCAGCAAACCAGCAGAAGGCAUCUAUAUCAGUUAAACAGCAGCUCCCAAUGAAGCUUGCCAAACUGGGAAGCAGCAGCAGCACAGGCUCCUCGUCAAGCAGCGGUGGUGGCGGUGCAUCCUCGCCCAAUCAGGACCGCCUUGACCACCACCGGUCUCACAUCAGCCCUGGGGCCAGUGGGGGAGUGCAGCAGAUGCUGCCUCUGAAACUAAGCCAGGGGCCCAAUGAGGGCAAAGGUUCCCGUAUAACUGUGGGUACCAGCGCCUGGCUUCUCCUCCACCAUCCCUUGAGCCCUCACCAGGUCCAUCCCACCAACGCACAGGGUCGUCCCCUGCCACGCUACAGAAUGGGUCUUCAGCUGUCAGUCCUGGGCACCCGCUCCCACUGCCACCACCACCGCCCAGGGGCUCGCGCCACCCGAACCAAUACCUACCCAAAGUUGACCAGUAAACCUUCCGUGCCCACCACUCGUGCCAACACCACGCCAGAGGGAUCACAGGAAGGUUCAGGUGUGGGAUCCAGCACACGCCCUGGUCAGCGUAUUAAAGAUCCUGAUACCAACCAGGACAUAAUAUUCUUCUAA